CGCUCUCCCGUCGAGAUGGCCGCUCUCUCCGCGAUGACCCUCUCCGCGUCCGCGUCCGCCGCCUUCCGCGGCGGCGCGUCGUCGUCCAAGCUGAACAGCCGAUCGAAGAUGACCGCCACGAUGAUAUCGUCGCCUCGAUCGCGCCCGUCGCUCACGCGUCGCGCGGUCGUCUCUCCGCGCGCCGCCGCGACGCCCGCGGAUAAGUCCAACAUCGUCGUCAUCGGCGGCACCGGCGCGACCGGGUCCGAGUGCGUCGUCCAGGCGCUCGCCCGCGGCUCCAAGGUCACCGUCCUCGCGCGUACGCCGUCGAAGUUGGCGCAGCCGCCCGGCACCGCGGGCGAGGCGAACGCGGGGAAGCCGAUCGCGGAUCUCAACCUCACGGUGAUCCAAGGUUCGGUCACGAACGCCGCGGACGUCGCGAAGUGCAUCACGAAGGACACCACGGGCGUGAUCGUGUCGCUCGGGGGGAAGACGAAGGACGUCGGGCCGACGAUGCUCACGGACGGCACGCGCAACGUCAUCGAGGCGAUGAAGCAAAACGACGUGAAGCGCGUGGCGGUGGUCACGUCCAUCGGCGCCGGCGACAGCGCGGACCAAGCGCCGUUCGUGUUUAAGAUCCUCAUGUCGACCGUGAUGCGAUCCAUCUUCACGGACAAGAACAACCAGGAGCAGCUGUUCUUGGGUCCCGCGGGCCCCGGGAAGGAUCUGGAGUUUUGCGUCGUGCGACCGGGCGGGCUCGGGCUGGGUCCGCCGACGGGCGUCGUCAACGUCAUCGAGGGCGAGGCCGGGAGCAUCGCGCGCGCGGACGUCGCGGACUUUUGCCUCGGCGCGCUCUUCGAGGAGGCGUUUCCGUACAUCGGGAAGGCGCCGUGCAUCUCGUCGGUGGGAGGGACGUCCUGGACGAAGGAUCGUCAGGGGAAGGGCGUGAUGGAGGCGUGAGUCAGGGGAGGGACGCGCGCGAUCGAGUCGCGAUCGAAAUCGUCCGUCGGCUUUCAAUCGCGAAUCUAUCUGAUCCU